UCAAUGUAUUGGGAAGUAUUGUGGAAAAAACAUCAAAUACAAUAAGCAUAUUCAAGAGAAAACACUUUCAACUAAUCAAUGAGCUGCAAUAAAAAAGCAGUUUUUGAUAUUUCUUUUGCAAAACGACUGUUCGAAGUCAAAAAAAGACAUUGUAAAAAUAAAAAUACGUCGACAGAUAUGCAGAUGUGAUGGAAAUCCGAUAGUAAUUAGUGUUUUCUGGUGUUUCUCAGAAUCACUGAAUAGACGAGUGGGCUAGCGUAGAAGUAUUUACUGGAAGAGGAAGGUGGCGGAGCACCAGCAACACCAGCUGAAAACAGCUUAACUAAUCAACAUUAAUUGCUAUUUGAAAAAGAAGUGAGCAGUCGAGCCCUGGUUGUGAUAGUGGUUUUGAGGGAUCGUAAUUUAUCGAGAACACUGCCAUUCAGCUACUAGUGAAAGAAAAUGUCGAAUAAAAUCAACAACCCGAAAAGGCGAGAGGUCAACGGUUCGUCAUCUUCAAAUUCUUCUAUUUCAUCGGUGGGAGCGGCAGACAAUGGAAUUUCGGCAGAUCUUGCUUCUUUAUUCGAGUGUCCCGUGUGUUUUGAUUACGUUCUACCACCGAUAUUACAAUGCCAGAGUGGCCAUUUAGUGUGCACCAGCUGCCGUUCGAAGUUAACCUGCUGUCCUACAUGCCGUGGCUCUUUGGGAAACAUACGCAACCUCGCGAUGGAGAAGGUUGCCUCAAAUGUAAAAUUUCCUUGCAAACAUUCGAAUCACGGCUGUACCGUGUCACUGGUUUACACCGAGAAAGCAGAACAUGAAGAAGCCUGCGAGUUCCGACCGUAUCUUUGUCCUUGUCCGGGUGCAUCCUGCAAAUGGCAAGGAUCACUUGACUACGUGAUGCCUCACCUUAUGAUGUCCCACAAAAGCAUUACCACACUUCAAGGUGAAGACAUCGUUUUCCUGGCCACAGACAUCAACCUUCCAGGGGCCGUGGAUUGGGUCAUGAUGCAGUCCUGUUUCGGGCACCACUUUAUGUUGGUGCUCGAAAAACAGGAAAAGUACGAUGGUCAUCAGCAGUUCUACGCUAUUGUUCAGCUUAUUGGAUCUCGAAAGGAAGCAGAAAAUUUUGCAUACCGACUUGAACUCAACGGAAAUCGCCGUCGACUGACCUGGGAAGCGAUGCCGCGGUCUAUACACGAAGGGGUAGCCAGCGCGAUCCUUAACUCGGAUUGCCUCGUUUUUGAUACCUCAAUUGCACAGUUGUUCGCCGACAAUGGGAACCUCGGAAUUAAUGUGACAAUUUCCGUUGUUUAAGGGAUUUUUUUUCGUUGACGUUCAUUACUUUUAAAAUACAUUAAAUUAAUUUAUCGUCAUGUACACACAUACAUUACCUUUAUAGAGAAGCCCAUUGAACAAAAAUGGACAGAAUUGAAUUAAUGUAAAACAUUCAAUAUUACAAACUGCUAAAAUAAACGAAAUUUGUGAAAUGGUAGUGAAUUACAUUUGCAAAAUAAACAAUCAACAAGAAUUAGUGAAGUUAUCCAACAGAAUAGCUGAUUGUGCGCGCCUCUGUCAGGGUUGAGCAGGAAUAACGAUGUUUUCGUCUCAAAUUUAGCUGGUAGUAUCAGGAUGUAAACUUUUCAGUCAAUAAACACAUUUUAUUGAGAAA